UUUUCAAUAAAUCAUAUUAGAUCUAUAAUUAAAAUCAAACUCAAUUUGGAUCCGACCCCUGAUUGGAGUUCUUUGCCCUUAUGCGAAUCCGUGGCGCUGGGCUACUAAUUUUGUAGAUUUGAUCUCGCUAAAUCUCGAAUUUUAUUCGCCAUAUUGAUGAUUUGGAAGGGCAAGCUGACGUAGGCCUCUCAUUAACAGACAUGAAUAUAUCAGAUAAAUUAGACAAAUUACUUUUUAAUUCUUGAAAUUUUGUAACAUUUGUGUAUAUAAAGUUUAUAUUUAUCGACGGUCCGUGAUAUCGAUCCAUAAUGGGGAAGAGAAAAUCAGCCAAACCACAAAAAUAUGUGCAGCCUUCAGAAGAUGAAGAUGAGGACAAUGUGGAUUUCUACAGUGAGCUGGAGGAGUCUGAAAACAUCAAAACUCCUAUCAUGUCCAAACAGACUGCUGUAACAUCAGAGAAAAAUAUACGGUCCCUCUGGACUAAAGAGAAGCCUCCAGAAAUUAUAAGGAAAGAAAAAUCUCCUAAGGAGACAGUGGAAAGUGAAUUUUGGGCUACUCACUUCCCCAUCAGUCAGGAUGGUAUCACGUCCAAUAACAAGAAGUUCGAUUUUAAUACUUUUAAGACAGAGUCAUCUAUUCCUACAAGUAGUCCCCUGGAGACAUUGCUAUCUGAACGUAUUUUCAACUCAAACCCAUGCCUGGAAGAGAGGCUUCGGGAUGGGAUGGGACUGAGUGGAACAGAAAGUGAUCCACGUAGCAUCUAUGAUACAGAUAUGGAUCAUCGUGGCUCUCGUCCCAAGCGGAGACGGAAGUAUGUUACAUACCCUGCCACUUUCCGCUUGGAAGUUGUAGAGCAUGCUGAGCGCUUUGGCAAGAGUGCUGCUGCCAAAAAAUAUAAUAUCUGUGUGGAAAAAGUAAGCAUGUGGUGCAAGACAAAGGACAAUAUAGUUCAUAAAGUAAAAAAGGGAGGACAGACAUCUGCAGAUGGUAGCUUUGAUCCAGGGUAUGAUGAUCGUGCAGAAGAUCUUUCUGCUGCUGGCACUCCUGAACGGAAUAUGGAAGAUGAUGUAGAGGAGAUAAAAGAAGUUACAGAAGAAAAAAGGCAACAAGUUUCUCAGGAGUUGGAAAUGCUGUACAAUGAAGAAUCUGAUGCAUCAGACAAGUUUGAGGCUGAACCUGAGUCAGAAGUUCUUCGAAGACCAGAUGUUGUUUAUCCUCCCUUUUUUAAGCAUCGUGUAGUUAUGUUUGCAGAAGAAAAGGGUGAAAAAGAAGCAUCCAAAGAAUUCCAUGUUUGUGAAAAGCGAGUGUCACUCUGGUGUCAAGCAAAAGAAUACUUAACAGAAUAUGUGAAUUCUCAUCGUGUAGAGGAAUGGGAGUGUGAUCUUUAUGUAACCUUGAAAAAGUUACUGGAAGAAAAUUGCCAAGUUACUGUACGAGAUCUAAUUGUACGGGCGGAGCAAGCUCAACUAGCCAGUUCUUCAACCAAAUCUACUAUUAGUACUGCGUGGCUUACUGAUUGGUGCCAGAAGUUCAAAGUUUGUUUCCGAAGUGUCAUAGAGAGCACUCCUCAGCCCCUGACUGAGCACACGUGCCUGAUGCUGGAGACGAGCCUUUUUCAGGUUGACCGAGAGGAGCAGCAGAUGGCAUCCCUGAGAGGAGGACAGUGUAAAAGUGCAAAGGUGCAGGAACUUAUCGAUUGCAGCCGCACUUUGGAUGCUUCCCCAAGCACAUCUGACCGUGAAGACUCUGUUUCUUCAUUCUCGUUUAGCAGCAAGCGUAGACGGAGAUCGUAUACGUUAGCUUUUAAGCUUGAGGUUGUGAAGUUUGCACAGAGUCACACGAAGCAUGCUACAUCUCGGAAAUAUGGAAUUGCUCGCCGUGUCAUCAGCCGUUGGAUAGCUGAUAAAGAGGUGUUGCAGACCGAUUUGUUAAAUGCUACUCAGCAUGUUUUGAAUGACAACAUAACUGAAGAGAUUGACAAAAAGCUGCUUGAAUAUUAUAAGGAACUUAAAAAGAAAGGAGUGCGAGUGAGCAAAUCAAUGCUGUGCACAAGGGCAAACUGUCUAUUUGAACAGCAGAAUGGUACAAGGUAUAGUCGAGCAGGUGCCAUGUCUGCUACCAAUGGUUGGUACCGUCAUUGGAUUAUCAAGUGGAAAGAGAGAGGAGAACAUAUAGAAAUUGAAGAUGAUGAAGCCACCGCCUCAUCUAGUGUUGCUCCUUCCGUCAGCUCAGGUCCUCUAGAUUUACAGACUACACGUAAUUCUGAAGGCAGCUCUUUAAAUGCUCUGAAACAGGCCUACAUGACUAAUGCCAUUCUCAGUACUAUGAAGCCCACAGAAAUGGAUCUCAAAAUCAUGAGUCAAUUUCCAGAACUGCUAAACGUUAUUCAACAGAACCCAUCCAUCCUCAGUGCAGCUGCCCAACUUCAGUACAAGGAUUCAGAUAUUUACAAAAUGUGCAAUUCUUCCCUCCAAAAUGCCAUGAACCUGUCAAAAGAUUCCAAUCCUGACAGUAACAAUUCUACUAAUAAUUUUUCUGAUCCUGCAUUGUCAGAUAAGAAACCACUCCUCAGUGCUAAGAAAAGGCGAGAGAGAUAUUCACCAGAUUUCAAGUUAAUGGUCAUUGACUAUGCUGCCAGCCACUCUUACCAGGAAACUUCACGCAAGUUUGGAGUGCAUCACAUCACGGUUUCCGAGUGGUGCAAGGACAAAGAUAGGAUUCGCAAAAAGGUAUAUUGUGAAAACUUGCAGACCUUGCACACCAAAAUCUUAAAGUCGGAAACAGCCGAGCAGAAGUUUCUUUCCUGGAUUCAAGAAUGUAAUAAGCAGAAAAUUGUAAUUAAGCCUACAGAUGUUCAGAACAAGGCAACUGAGAUUUUGAAUAUCAUUGGAGAGGCCGAAGUCAAGAAGAAUUGCUGGUGGUUUUAUCUCUGGAAUAAGCGUGGCAUGGAUACAGAGAAAAUAUAUGAAGAAGAAGCUGAUGUUGAUGUUCUAGAAAAGGAAAGCCGUGUCAAUUAUCCUCCAGCUGUUAAGGUGGAGAUAGCCAAAGUAGCUGAGAGGCAGAGUGUCAACUGUGCUGCCCGGUGUUUUCGAGUUGCUCGCAAACGCAUCCGUGAAUGGGUGAAAUGUAAAGACAAAUUAAAGUGGCUUGCUGAGACGGGUCAGGUUCGUGAGAGGGGAGGAACUUUAGGUGGGAAAAAAAUCAACUGCUUGGAUGUGGACAAGGAGGUAUAUGAAUGGUACAACAGCUCAAGGACACCAGACAGUGCACCUCAGUUGACAGAGAUCCGUGCAAAAGCUCUGGAGAUAUUCCAGAAGCAUGGCUUUAGCAAUAUGAAAUGCAGUAAAGAAUGGUACAAGAACUGGUGUAAGCGAUAUGGCAUAUGCCGCAGUUUACAGAAAGACAAUCAGCUUAUUCGAUGGAUUUUAUCAAGAUAUGAUAAAAAUCUACCAAUAACAAAUCAGGAGUUGGUGGAGUAUGCUAUUUCUGAGAGGAUGAAGACUGGUGUCUCUCUGAAUGAUCUACCAGCUGAAGAAUAUGUCUUUUCUUUUUGCAAGAGAUAUCCCAGACUGUUAGAGGCUCUCCCAAGUAUUGGGGAGACUUUUCCCGAAGAAAUGGAAGCUGAAGUUACAAAGUUUAGGGUCAUGAUUAAAGAACUCCAAGAAGAAAAUAAUUUUUCUACAUUAGCUAUAGGGAGCAUGGAUGAGGUCCCUCUCCUCUUUACAAACUCUGGUUCUGAAAGAAGUGUGAUAAUUAAUAGCGGCAUGAGUUCUUGGAAUGCUGUAGUAAUUUUAUCCUGCCUGGCAGAUGGCACGCUGCUGCCUCCAAUGAUUGUUUUAAAAGGUCCUGAAGACUCUUCUCCGCCUGAAGGGUUAAAGCAUGUAGUGUUUCGGGAAAAGAUGCUAGCAGAUCAGCAUGUCAUGAAUAAAUGGGUAAAUGAAGUGUGGCUAAGCAAUGUUGCUUCUCCCAGUAUGUUGCUGAUGGACUGCUUUGAGCCCCACACAUGUUCUUCUGUUCAAGAUACCAUGCUGGAAUCAGGCAUCACACCGGUGAUUAUGCCAGAAGGCUGUGCAUCCAAAUUGCAGCCUCUUGGUGUCUGUGUCACUCGCAACUUCCAAGAAUAUGUUCAGGAGAUCUGGAGUUCUUCACGGAAUUCUGCAGUAGAUUUCUCUAAAGCGGCAGCAGGUACUUAUACCGGUGAGAUUGCGAGAUGCAUUGCAGCUGCUUUUGAGCGUCUCAGGGACCGACGGGAUGUAGUACGUCGUAGCUUUGUUGUGACUGGCAUUGCUGUAGCACCCGAUGGUAGUGAAGAUGCUCUCAUUGAGAAUGCAGACUGGUUUGGAUGUUCGGGAGAUGAACAUGUUCUCUCCCCUGCCAGUGACAGUGAGCGAGACUCUGAUUUGGAUGCUUCUUAGGUCAUUUAGCUCUGUAUUAGCAAGGAUUAUAGUCCGGUCAUCUACCCAUUGGGCAUGCCAGGCAUGAAAAUCUUUGCGAAAAAAGUAUUAACACUUUUUAUGAAUCCCGGUAAAUAUUAAAUAGGAAAUGUUGCCUUUACAGUGAGUACCAGUGCAUUUCAGGUUUCAUUUUUUUGUGUGUCACUUAAUGACCAUCCAGUUCUAUUAUUUCCAUAUUCAUGUUUCAAAACCUGUAAGUGUAAUUUACAAAUCAUCACAAAGAAAUUUUUAGAGAUCUUUAUGCUUUAAAAGGUAUUUGUCAUAGCCAAAAUGCCUGAAGUGUUGGGAAAAAAUUGCUCUACAGGAGUUUUGAACUUUCCUGCUCUUUGAUUUUUCAAUAGAACUGUAGUCUUCCUCUUUAUACUAUAUUGACUUUUAUAUUUUUGUAACAAAUAGACGAUCUUCAAAAGAUACAAUACCAAGAACAUCAGAUUGUAUAUUUUGUUUCUUUAACAGUAUUUUUAAAUCCACUUCCAUGAUGGUCAUCGUGUUGCCCUUUUAAGAAAAAUCGUGAAAAAAAUUGAAUUUAUGUCAACAGAAAAAAUUUUCAUGCCUGUGAUAAUGUCUGUUGCAGUUUGCCUCUUUUUAUUAUUUAAAAUGUGUAUUUUUCUUAUAAUUUAUUCAUAUUUAGUCAUUCAUUUCAUCAGAUAUAUAUUUAUUUUCUUUAUUUGUAAAAUGUAUACAUAUUUUAGCAGUCUCAUGUUUUAAUAAGGGGGAUAACAAUGUUUAAGGGGGUCCUUACGGGUAUUAUUUUAUGCAGCUUUUUGAAAAUGUUAUUGAUUUGUAUGUUUGGGACCAUCAUUUGCUUAUUAUUUAGUUCCCUCUCGCAGUUGCCUCUAGUUGUUAACAAUCUGUUGUCUAGAAAUACUUGUCUCUUUGUUUAUUGUAUAUUUUGAUCACUGCCUUUUGCUUUUGUAGCAUAUCAUGAUAGUAUGCUCCAAUUGCAUUCUACUGAAAUCUAUGCAAUUUUUGAAGAUGAUUUCAUGUCAUGUUUUUUAUAAGCAGUACAGAUGUUGUACAUGACAACAAUAGAUUCCCAAGGUAGGGCAUCCAAAGUAGGAUACAGAAAUAUUGUGAUGAUUAUACAAUAGAAAAGUAUUCUAUAGAAUCUAAUAUUUUAUGUAAAGUGAAAAUCCAACCCAUCUUUGAAAAAUCAUUUUUUUAAGUCCAAAAAAUUUCAGUUUUUUCUUUCAUUGCCUUAUAUUAUUUUAAAAAUAACAUUUUGAAGUAACCAGUUUUUAAUAUAGUCCUGCUGGAUGUGUGAAUCAAACAACCAAACUCUACACACUCUAUAUGCCUAAUGUUGCAUUUAUAUGAAUGCGUAGUGCCUCAUUGUGAAUAAUCUUGUUUCUAGUUUAUCAAUAUUAGUUAUCAACCUCUUUCCCCAAAAAAAUUGUACGCAUUCUUAUUGAAAAAAAAAAAAAAAUCUUAGAAAGUGUUGUGGGGGAGAGGGAGGGUAAGAUUAGGAGCUCUUGGUGAUCAUUGAUUGAUGAAAUUAGAAAUAGACAGCUAUAAAAAAUUUUUUGAUCAAAUAUUUGCUAACAGCGGAGUUUCAAUGAAAGAUAGAUUAUAAUUUUUAUCUUUGAAUGCAACAAGUAAAAUUUUGGAACAUUUUCUUUACAAUAAUUUAUAUAUUGGCUAUUUCUUUUUAAAUUUAAAUCUUUUCAGAAGUGGGGUUUCAAAAGUUUUGUAAUUAUAUCUGGAGAAAAGCUAGAUUUUAUGAUAAAUAAUCUCAUUAAUAAGAUUUUAACUUUUUUUUAGUAGUAGUUGCUAAAUUAUACAAACAGUUUACUAUAUUUCAAACUGAUUCAUAAAUUAGGCAUUGAAAUGUCGGUUUAUGCUUUAAAAGAUGAUUUAGAUGUUUCCUAUGUAAUAUACUAAGUAAAACCUUAUUGUAAAUAUUUUUUAAGUGGAACCAAGAAAGUGAUUCAAACUGAUUUGGAUGCUCUGCCCAGCACCUAUUCUGUGUCCUUUAUCAUCACUUGUACCUUAAGUGUGGUCAUUUUAUUUAUUAUGGGUUCUGCCUCAAAUCAUGAAGUCCAGAUGACUCAAAACAAUCCAGUUGCAUUUCAGAACAUUGAUCUAGUUUUUUUUUUUUUUUUUUAAUGAAUGUAAGAAAAUUUAAUGCAAUUAAAAUGAUGUUUAAAAUUUUUUUAUUAACGCUAAAUUAUUUUAUUUAUGAGGUAAAGUAUUUCUCUCGAUAUGCAGUGCCAGCACUGUCAGUGAUUGUCUAAUAUGGAAAAUAAUUACCAUCCUAUUUUUGAUUGCAUAAUUUAAAUUAUGAAAUUAUUGAUGAAUUAUUAUUUUGUUAUACUAACCAAAGAUUUUUUUAAUUUUUUUGUUCGUUCUUAAACAAUAAUUUGAUACCUCAAAGUUUUGAAAUGUGAAAAAAAAUGAAAACAAAUUGCUUUGAGACAGUCUGACAGAGUUUUUUAGAUGUUGUAUACAUAUUAUAUAUACAUAUAUUGAUAUAUAUAAAUAAAUAAUUAUAUAUAUAUAGCUCUAUUUUUAAGCUUGCAGCAGUUGAUAUGUGGCUAGCUAUAUUCAUUAAAAAAAAUGUUGUGCUUAACAAUGCCAUGUUAGUGUGAAAGAUGGAGAAAAACAGUGACUAAUAUUUUUGAGUUGAUUUGGCCAAUGAAGUCUUCCUAGAAAUUGAGGAAAAAUUGACACUGUCUGUGAAAUAUUUUUUAACACCAAAGGAAAAUUGUGGAAUUGAUUGUUAAAAGGACUGCACAGGGUUUCAACUCACUCUGUAGUGAUUCUUUCUUAAGAGAGCGCUUGAUGUAAUUUCGUUAUGAAAUUGUUUUGUCUGUGUGAAACAAUUUUCCAUGUGAUGAUGUAUGUAGAAAGGAUAUCAUUGUAAAAUUUUCUCAAGAUUUUGUUAUGAAAAUGUUCCUUUUAUGAUCAUUUCAAUUUGAUAAGCUAAAAUCAUUAACUAUUAAUCAAAUUUGUCAAAUUCCUAGUUUUAUUUUAAUUUCUCUAUGCUUGGAUAUACUUUUAUAGUUGGUUUUUUUAAUCUUUUCAUUUAAAUGAUGAGAUUAUUAUUUUAAAAAAUAUUGUACGAAAAUAAUUUUUGUAUUUUCCCA